CUAUAGCAACUCUGCCAGAGGCAUGGCAUGGGUCUAAUCGUGGGUCCCUUGAUCUUGACUUCAGUCAGCUCCCUUGUCCCGGGCUGGUCUGCCGUUGCCUAGGGCCGAGGCCGAGCGCAUGACCUAUCUUCAGAAAUCCCUUGGCGGAAGGCCGGCCAGGGGUGGCCCGAGGAUGGCUGACCCCGCCGGGGCCGGGCGCGUACCGCUGCUGAGGCGGUCUUCCCUGGUCCUUUGCUUUGGCGCCGCCUCUGAAGAAGAAGAAAUCGCAAGUUGUUCAGGGGAAGACCCGGAAAUCCUUACCCGUUACCGCGUUGGAAACGGGCCAAUUACAAGUACGGGUUGUCUUUUGUUAGAUGUUGAUUUUGAUGAGGCUCUUCGCUUCGUGGGGGAGGGUUAUGCCAUGCACCGACCGCACACAACCAACCAUGUCUUCUCCGUGACUAGUCCCGACGCCGAGGUCGGGGUGCAUGUGGCGUCCAUGCGUUACGGCCUUCGCUUCCCUCCUCAUGAUGUGAUAGUCCAAUUUCUGAACUUCUACUGUCUUUUUCCCGGCCAGCUCAGUCCCCAUUCUUAUUACUGCUUCUCAAUUUUUUUGAUCAAGUGCCACCUGAAGGGAGUCUCCUGGUCCUUGGAUUUGUUCCGCUACAUGUUCAAGAAGGCCAAGUUCGUCUUCAUCUCUGGCUUUCCCGGGGACCCGCACCCUUUUCAAGCCAGGUUUCCCGAUUGUCAUACUUUUAUCCACCAUCCUCGCCCCGAACCCACUCCAGAGCUUCUCGCACACGCGCAGAAACUCUUGGAAGACUGUCGGCCUAACCCGCCCCAUGUGUACACGGUGUGUACGGAACAGAAUCUUGCGGAGGUGGGGAUUCUUAUCUCCCUGGAACGUCAGUUCGAGUUGGCCAAGGCCGUGCAAGGGGGCCGUCCCAAGCAUGGGCUCGAAGAGAGUACCUUGAGGCCGGAAGAUUCGGAGUCGGAGGAAAAAGAAGAGGGAGAGGGCGAGGAGGUCGAGACCGAUGAAGAGUCAAGACAGCCAUCCUACUCCGAGGACGUCGCUGACGUGGAGUCGUCUGGAGGAGACAUGCAUCCGUUGGAGGUCAUUCGUAAGGCCAAGCUGUUGGCUCAAAGUCAUAGCCGAGAAGAGGAGGUUCAACAAGAACCACCCUCCGGGGCUACAUCUGGAGCUGCCGCGGCCGUUCCGAAUCGGGAGGUGGUUCCGACCCGGAACCAGAGAAAGAGGAAGCUCAUUCAGGUCGAGGAGGAAGAGACUGUGUCCGAGCAGGAUGUGAUUCUGACUCGGAGUCUGUUGAGCAAAUGCCCGGAUGGUCAUCAGGAUGGGAAGCGCCCCCCUUCCCUCGAUAGGACUGACGGGGAUGUGCAGGCCGAGGCCGAGGUUGCAUCCCUGUCCGCGGCGCUGAAAGAUGAGGACGAGAUUCUGUCAUCCUUACAAGGGUUGGUGGAUGGUUUCAACAAAAAGGUGUCAGCGAAUUUGAGCUUGAUCAGCAAACGCCGAGCCGGGGCUGAAUUCUCCUCAGGCGUGGACUUCCUGGCCUCGGUGGAGACGGAACUAUCCCGCCUAAGGAAUUUGGCAGAAGCCGAGCAUGAACAGGCCACCAAGCUCGAGAUGCAGGCUGUGGCGAAGUCUGAAGAAGUGCGGUCUCUGGAAGCUGAGCGAGAUCGGGCCCUUGCUGAGAAGGAGCAGGCUGCUGCCGAGAAAGUGCGCGCCGUCUCCGACUUCCUUCAGUUCCCAUCCUUCAAAGAGGCCUGUUUGGAAAAAAUGGCUAACUACUACGAGAGCUGGCUUGGGACCGAGGCCGGCAUAAAGAAGAUUUGGGGGAGGGGACGAAGUGGUUCGAGUCCAGCGUUUAUCAUGGGAUCCCGCUUGUCCUUCGGCGGACCAGAAGGCUUCGCCACUGCUCCGACUGCUGUGGGGAAAUGCGUCGAUCCCGAUUUCCCCUCUUUGAGUGAGGAGUCUGUUCAAGGUCCUUUCUGUCAAGAACCUGUUGCGGCAGAGGUUUCAAAGAGAUCCGGCCGUUUGGUGCGCAAGGUGGGCACCAACGUGCGCGCCUAUCUCGAAGGCUUUCGCCGUGCUCACCAGAAGAACACUAUCAGCUCAUACCUCAAAACGCAAUUUGUGACCGACCAUGACGCAUCCUUCAUAGACUCUUCAUUUUCUGAAGAGAUAGAUGUGUACUUUGACCAUUCGGGAAACAGCGCCUCACAUUCUUGUGCUUAAAUGAUGAUGUAUUAUCGCCUUAGGCGUAUUUUAUGUAAUGAAAUGCUUGUAUGCUC